CCGUCCCUUUAAGGAUGUGUUGCUAUCCAAACAGAAAGUAAACAUAGUAGUGAGACACUGAGGCCAUGUCAGGAACCACUGCUGGAGUGAAUCAUCGGCCCGGCUCUGCGCAGGCGCUGCGCUGCAGUGAAAUGUGAUGGAAGCUGGAGAUUGUGUUCAGAGGGAAACCGGAGAGCAGGAGAGAGGAAACACAGACUGUCAGCCCCCGACCACAGCCCGUAACCCGGCUUCUUCAAACCCCUCACCCGCUCCCGCCGCUCCUGCACGACAAAACCUUGCGAGUAUUGCCUUGGGCAGAGCAUGUAGCCGCCCAGCAGGGACAAGUUGGAGAACUUUUGACUAAACUCGGCUGAAUGUCGCACCCCUGACGCUGUGGAUUAAAGAACAUACAGACUUUCCUCGUAUUUAUAUAUAUAUAUACAUAUAUAGAUAUAUAUAUAAAGUUCCUGUCCAUCGCCGAAAUAGUUGGAAAACUUUGGGGAUCAUCUGUGCCGCCGGUUAUUAACUAUAGGUGCAGGAGGGAGAAGCUGUCUGGCAUUUGGGAAUUCUCGCAGGUAUAAAAAGGGACCCACAAAUCCCACACAACGGCAGAAGGAAUGGGAACUUCACGAUCGGGAAGCGUUUACCCAGGAUAACCUCAGAGGAGUCGAGGGAAACUGCCGCGAUCUCAUUGUAACUCUUCAGUGAAUCUGCCUCGCAGUUUUACAGCUGUUUUAGGGAUUGUAUUACAUUACAAUACUUCCCACAGAAAAAAAACUUGACUGAAGUUAAACACUCAGGAGAGCAUGUCUUGCAAUGUAUUCGCCGUCUGGAUUUUUUUUUUGAAACUGAAAGCAUUUAAUCUUGGAUCUGCUGCAGUCUCGCUCCAAUGCUUAGAUCUAAAACCCGCUGACAGUCACACACACCUCUCAUUAACUUCAGAGCAACCAGAGAUUUCUCAAGCUUUGCCGAGAGCAAAGAGAGAGAGAGUGAAAGAGAAAACACAGCUCGUUCCCACUCAAUACUCCAGAAACCACGGAGUAAAGAAUUGCCUUCAGUCUGUACUUCUGAUGGGAGGACAUUGAGGUUCAUCCGUACAACUGAUACCAACCAAAACAUGCCCAUGAGCAGAUCCUAUGUGAAACAUGUUUUGGAGAAAACAAUAGAGGAGUGAACUGUGUAUAUACCUCGGAGGGGGAAUUGUCCACUAGCUACCAGGACCUCCUAGUGUUGUCCAUUCGACAGAAAUGGGAAGCAAGACUUUGCCCGCCCCAAUCCCCGUACACCCACCCCUCCAGCUGACGAACUACUCCUUCCUCCGGGCCGUGAACACUUUCCCAUCCGCCGUGGACCACCUGCAGGGUUUGUACGGACUGAGCACAGUUCAGACCAUGCACAUGAAUCAGUGGACACUGGGUUACCCCCACCUGCACGGGAUCGCCAGGUCUACAUUCACCGAGAUGGCUGCCGCCCAAGGCUUCGUGGACGGCAGGUUCCCGUUUCCUGCCCUGCCCUUCAGCACUCACGUCUUCCACCCGAAGCAAGGGACGGUCGCCCACGUCCUCCCCUCCCUCCAGAAGGACAGGCCCCGCUUUGACUUUGCCAACCUGGCCCUGGCGGCCACCCAGGAGGACCCGCCAAAGCCUGGAGACUUCCCAAAGCUCAGCGCCGGCGUGGGAGGCUCACACGGGGAGAUUGGUAAACUCGCCCUGGACAGAAAGCCUUCCAGGGGAAGGCUGCCCUCCAAGACCAAAAAGGAGUUCAUCUGCAAAUUCUGUGGCAGACAUUUUACUAAAUCCUACAACCUCCUCAUACACGAGAGGACCCACACAGACGAGAGACCCUACACGUGUGACAUCUGUCACAAGGCGUUCAGAAGACAGGAUCACCUGAGGGAUCACAGAUAUAUUCAUUCCAAAGAAAAACCCUUCAAGUGUCAGGAGUGUGGCAAAGGAUUCUGUCAGUCAAGGACCUUAGCCGUGCACAAAACGCUACAUAUGCAGGAAUCUCCUCACAAAUGUCCCACAUGCGGAAGAACCUUUAAUCAAAGAAGUAAUCUGAAAACUCACCUUCUUACCCAUACAGACAUCAAGCCCUACAAUUGCGAACAGUGUGGCAAAGUUUUCCGGCGUAACUGCGACCUGCGGCGGCACAGCCUAACCCACACUCCCCGGGCCGAAUAUUGAGCGAAACCGACAAGCGAAGCCACUCCGCGUUACUUGAAUUUGCUGUGAAUACUUGUGUAAAAUAAAUGAAUAAAUAAAUAAAUAACCAAAAAAAAAUACAGACAAUAGCCACAUUCAUGUAAUUCAAUUGUUUUAUACAUUCUCCUGUCCAAAUCAGAGCUUUCAUGUACAUAAAAUGUUUUUAUACUGCUCGAUUUCGGAUCACCAAAUGGGAGAAAUUGGAAGCAUGUGGGGAUAAUGAUAAUAAAAAUGCUUUUUAUCAUUU